AGAGACGUUGCUUCCGACCGCAAGUCAGCUCUUUUCAUUCCAGCGUGCUCAUAGGAAACCUUGUGGGCGUUCUAUUUCCCGUCACAAUAUUCAACAGGAUGCUCGGCGUCUUCAACCUUUAGCAUUUGGCCUUCUUCGUUGCAGUUUCGCUUUGGGUGCCAGCGGAGAACAAUAGUUUCAAACAUUGCAUGGAGACCACCUUUAUACCAACGCCAUCGUCUAGCAUACGCUCAUCCAAUCUUCUCCCACUUAACAGACGGACUUACGCAUUCUUGUAGAUGUGCGCAAGGAGACAGCCUCGCACUGCUUAUAUCAACAAAGCCCGUACUGACGACAGUGCUCGUUCACAUCGCUGUCAACUUCAUCUUCUCGAAAAAGACGAUGGACACUUCCUUGUACUUGGCACUUCGCACAUACGGCAUGCCUGCCUUUGUCUCGAUAUCUCUUUGCUAUGGUUCAUCCUCAACAAGAUGACGCACGGCGUGCUUCUUGAAUUGUUUGAAUUUUCGUUCAUUCAAUUCAAACAACAGGUACUCGUGGCUGCUUCCAUAGGGUAUAACGACACCUUGUCAUAUGAUGACGCCGCCUUGUGGGACGUAUCAUCCAAGUCUGUGCGCACUCUAUUCAUGCUCUUCUCUAACCUGGAUUUCACACAAUUGAUUGACUUCUCCCUGCAACCAAUAUUCACCCGGUGCCAGUCAUUCUUUGAUAUUCGCUCAACCUCUCAACGCGCUCGUGAAGGCGGGAAUCGGAACCAUUGAACUCUCAUCGUUGAGCGAGACGUUCUGGAAGACGUUUUAACCAAAGCUGCGAAGUCCGACUAGCAAUCGCAGAUCGCCAUGAUUUCAAGAUCGUUAUAUGAUGUCCGGAGGGGCACAUCGACACCUCGUCUGCAGUGUCCCGCAUGAACUCGGUUUGUUAAAUGCGAUUGACAUAGUGAGCACUUAUGCCACGUGGAGGGGACUGGCCUGUGGGCAUAAUACAAAUGCUUGAAGCUGCACAGCACGCGGAAUGCGAAACAACCGCAGCGAGCGUCUGUAGGUCGGCUGCUCUCGGGUGUGACAGGAGGGGAAGUCGCCGUGCAAUAUCAGAUUGAUAAAGCGAUUUGAAAUGUUCAGUCACAUGG